AUGGGCUCUAAACUAGCGUUUUCACCAAGAACUUCAAGGUCAUUUCUGAGAUCUUCGUUUAUCUCUUUAAGAAAUAUACUUUCAAGACCAAAGAUCGUCCUUACUGUGACAGCCAUAGUUUUUGCAUUUAAUUGGAUAAUAUUUGGUGAUCCUAUAAAAGGUCCACUGGGGAACAAAUCGUUACCUCCAUCUAUCAAAUCAUUUAAACAUCUAAGAGAGCCUGUCUAUUUAAACUUACUUCAUAACAGCUAUGGAUUGCAAGGUCCGGAAACAAUUCCAAUACAGACAAAGGAGUUGAUCCCAUCAAUCGACGAUUCCUCAGUUUUAAGGCAACUUACUUUAGAUAAUUUAUUCCGGAUGGAAAUACACUCAGGCGAUGACGGUGAUAAGAAACUUUUCUUCUAUAGCAAAGAGUUUUACCAUGAUCCUGAAGCAGAUCAAGAUGACGCCAAAAAGCAGAAGGAAAAAGCAGAUAGCGAUGCGGUUAAAAGCAUUAAACGUGCCUCCAAAGAUUUCAAGAAAAUGGGAAGAAAGGUGUAUACAGGAAAAGAAAAUCCUAAGAUUGUUCUCGUUACAGCUUUCGACUUCAACAAAUAUGAUGAUGCUUACUUGAAAGCGGUUGCCAAUAACCGAAUGAAAUACACAAAGCAACAUGGUUAUGGUCUUUAUGAGAGGUGGGUCGAGGAAUUUGUUCCAAGACUUCAAGAAACAGGAAAUCUAGGUACCGACUGGUGGAAAGUUAUCCUUUUAAGAGAGGCGAUUAACGCAUUUCCUCACGCUGAAUAUUUCUGGUUUUUAGACGAGAAGUCACUUAUUGUGCAAAGAGACAUUCGUAUAGAAAAUUCCCUUCUUGAUCCAGAAAUAAUGCAAGCUAAAAUGCUCAGGGACCAACCAAUUGUUCUCCCAGGGUCUGCAAUUAAAACAUACAAGAACACAAAGGCUCAGGAUGUCAGUUUGAUUCUCACGCAAAAUAAUGCUGGUAUAUCAACAGACUCAAUUAUUGUGAAGAACGAUAUCCAGGGUAAGGCAACUCUGGAGUACUGGGAUAGUAGGCUUUAUCGUGCAUACAACAACUUCUAUCAGGAUGAAGUUAAGGCAUUAGAGCAUAUGUUACAGUGGCAUCCAUUAGUCCUAUCUAGAACGUCAUUGGUGCCAACACGAUUAAUAAAUGCUGGUAUUGAGAAUAAAGAUCAAAAGAAGAAUUCUGCAGUCGAUUACCAAGAGGGCGACAUGGUGAUCAAUCUUGGCGAAUGUCAGAGGGACGGCUCAUGCAUUAAGCUUGCCUCGAAAUACUUACGUAGUUAA